AGAACCUUUAUGAGAAGGGUUCCCAUACAGCACGGAACAGGUGCUGCAGAACAGGUGCUGUAAAGCUAUAUUGUUACAAGCAUGACAUCAUCACAAUAGAAGAACCAUUUUGUGUGCUAUACAGAACUUUUUUUCAAAGAGGUUCUAUAGAACCCUUGUCUUCACUUGAAGAACCAUCUUUUGGUGCCUUUUUGUAUAUUUUAAUAUUUGAACAUUUUAAUAAUCCUCCAUACAUUUGAAAUGAAAUGCAUUUUAAAACAUAUGUAAUUAAUAGUCAAUAUGUUCUGAAAUACAAUUUCAAAUACAUAAAAAAAUAUAUGUCCAUAUGUUUUUUCCAUAUGGGUAGAACCGUUUGGAAAAGGGUUCUGUAUAGCACCCAAGAGGGUAUUAUUGCAAACCUUAUUGCAUCUCAGGAGAACAACCCUCGUCUUUACUGAAAACCCCUUGAAGAGCUCUCUGUAUGAGCGCGCUGUGGAGGAAGUGGGCGUCUUUCCAACUGUGUUUAUGAGGCAGUUCAGCACAGCGGGCUCCAGUCUGCUCGACAAAGCAGCUCCGGAGAGCUUCAGCAGCAGAAUGGAGGCAGAGAGAGCGAGGAACUACACCGAGUGCCCGCACAUCGACCUGUCCUUUACUCGGAAGUUCCUGCCCACCGUCUACGUCCUGGUCUUCAUUAUAGGAGCGUCUGCCAACGUGUGCGGGCUGAGGUCGGUCUACAGGAGCUGGAAGAAAAUGGGCAACAUCAACGUGUUCGUCCUGAACCUCGGCGUGGCCGACCUGCUCUACGUGUCCACUCUGCCGUUCCUCGUGAGCUAUUACGCAGCGAACAGUAGGUGGGUUUUCGGACAGACCUUCUGUAAAAUCAUGCGCUUCUGCUUCAACCUGAACCUGUACGGCAGCAUAGGCUUCCUCACGUGCAUCAGCCUGUACAGGUACCUCGGGAUCGUCCACACGAUGAGGGUGAUGGGCAAAAUCAACACCACGAUGUCUGUGGCCAUUAGCGCCCUCGUGUGGACGCUAGUGUUCGUACAGAUUCUGCCCGACAUGUACUUCGACAAGUCCAAGCCAAAUUCCUCAGAAUCCUGCUUCGACACCACCACUGACCAGUGGAUCACAGACUACCUCUCCUACAGUCUGGGCUGGACAGUCACCGGCUUCGUCAUCCCCUUGAUUAUCAUCUUGCUCUGCUACGGCCACAUUAUUGUAGUUCUGGCCAACAGGGCCAACGUGGACUCCCUCCUGAAGCAGCGCUGUCUGAAGCUGGUCAUCAUGCUCACGGUGCUCUUUUCCAUCUGCUUCAUUCCCUACCACAUUUUCAGAAACCUGAACCUGAAGACCAGGAUCCUGAAGAUGGAGGGCACGUGCUACAAGAGUUUCGACAGGAUCUACGUCGCCCACCAGGUGUGCAGGGGCCUUGUGUGCCUGAACAGCGCCAUCAAUCCGCUCAUAUACCUCGUGGCGAACGAUGAGUUCCUCAUGCGCCUUCACAAUAUGAGCAAGCAAGCCCGGCUGUCCCUCAUGCAGUUGAGCGGGGUGGUCAUAUACCGCAGGCCGCAGGAGGUGGACUCUCUGGCCGACACACGGCAAGAAACUGAAGGCCCUAAGAGUAACUGACGACAUUGUAUGUGUGCGAGCAGCUCUGGCACGUUUGCAUGUGCUAAAAGGUUAUAGCAAAACCACAAAGCCAGGGACGGCCAGCUGUGGGGCCGGUUCAGUUUGGUGAUUUCCACGCACUGAUAGCUGGUAAUUGACUGAAGAAUGGAGGGAAAACGUUCAAUGUAAGUUAAAGGGGAAUUCCACAAAUUUGGCUUCAUAAUUCAGUCAUUCAGAUGGUUUGGUGUGAAAAGGUUCAGAUUUCUUUAAGGUGGUGGUGAUGGGAGCCAGGGGUCACUAAGUC